GAGAAACCGGUAAAGCAUGGCUUCUAAACCAGGAAUUCUCACGGACUGGCCGUGGACGCCGCUCGGAAGCUUUAAGUACAUAAUCCUGGUUCCCUGGAUUGUGGAGAGCAUAUACUCGUUUAGAGUUAAGGAUGAAAAGGAGAGGGACUUUACCAACCUUUAUAUAUUCCCACUUAUGUUAUGGAGAAUGCUUCACAGCCAGCUAUGGAUUAGCCUUUCUCGUUAUCGAACUGCCAAAGGCAGCAACAGGAUUGUGGACAAGGGUAUUGAAUUUGACCAAGUCGACAGGGAAAGGAACUGGUCAGUAACAAAAUUAAUAAAAUCUAAGAGUACAGGACAUAAGAUCAUGUCUACAUAUGAUAUUCUGUUUUGUUUUGGCAGGGAUGAUCAAAUAUUGUUCAAUGCAAUCCUGUUUUACUUGGGGAACAAAUAUAUUCCUGGAGCUUCUCACUUACCCUUUUGGAAAAUGGAUGGCUUGAUUAUAACUAUGUUGCUCCAUGCGGGCCCUGUGGAGUUCCUUUACUACUGGCUUCAUAGAGCACUGCACCACCAUUACCUUUACUCUCGCUACCAUUCUCAUCACCAUUCCUCCAUUGUCACUGAGCCUAUUACUUCGGUGAUUCAUCCAUUUGCAGAGCACAUAGCAUACUUCGCCCUGUUUGCAAUACCAUUGUUGACAAUCGUGGUAAGUGGAGAUGGGUCCAUCGUUGCCUUAGCUGCCUACAUCACUUACGUGGACUUGAUGAACAACAUGGGCCACUGCAAUUUCGAGCUCAUUCCCAGGCGCCUUUUCUUCAUUUUCCCCCCUCUCAAGUACCUCAUGUACACUCCAUCGUUUCACUCGCUGCACCACACACAGUUCAGAACCAACUACUCGCUAUUUAUGCCAAUUUAUGAUUACAUCUAUGGAACAAUGGACAAAUCUUCUGAUAAUUUGUAUGAAAAUUCACUCAAAAGAAAAGAGGAAUCACCCAACGUGGUGCAUCUAACGCACCUAACCACACCUGAGUCAAUCUAUCAUCUCCGCCUUGGAUUUGCCUCCUUGGCCUCCAAACCAUACUCCUCGACUUGCUACUUCUGGCUGUUGUGGCCUGUUACGCUGUGGUCCAUGAUGCUUACUUGGAUUUAUGGGCGCACUUUUCUUGUUGAAAGGAAUCGAUUUGAUAAAAUCAGACUACAGACCUGGGCCAUACCCAAGUACAAAAUACAGUACCGCUUGAAAUGGCAACAAGAAUCCAUCAAUAACUUGAUUGAGGAGGCCAUAUUAGAGGCAGAGGAAAAAGGUGCUAGAGUGUUGAGUCUAGGCCUCAUGAAUCAGGGUGAAGAGCUCAACAGGCACGGUUGGCUGUAUGUGCAAAAGCAUCCCCAGCUUAAAGUGAAGUUGGUUGAUGGGAGUAGCUUGGCAGUGCCAGUUCUGCUGAAUAGCAUACCAAAGGGAACAACCCAAGUACUCCUUAGAGGAAACCUAACUAAAGUUGCUUAUGCUAUUGCCUCUGCCCUCUGCCAGAAGGGCAUCCAGAUCGCUGUAUUUCAUGAGGAAGAAUAUGAGAAGCUUAAUAAAUCAUUUGGCACAAAGUCUGAAGACAAAUUAGUUAUGUCAAAGAGUUACUCUUACAAGACAUGGUUAGUGGGAGAUGAAUUGACUGAAGCAGAACAAAGGAAGGCAAGUAAAGGAACACUAUUUAUUCCCUUUUCGCAAUUCCCACCAAAAAAAUUGCGGAAAGACUGCUUCUAUCACACCACACCAGCAAUGCAGACUCCGAUGGCCCUUGAGAAUGUUGAUUCUUGUGAGAACUGGCUGCCACGGAGGGUGAUGAGCGUUUGGCGCAUUGCUGGGUUAGUGCAUGCACUGGAAGGCUGGGAGGAGCAUGAAUGUGGUUACACCAUGUCAAACAUUGAGAAAGUUUGGGAAGCAAGUCUCAAGCAUGGAUUUCAGCCUCUGAGGGUCCCAACUCAAUCAAAAUCCUAAAUAUUGGCAGACA